AGCAUUUUGUUUUCGUAAAAUGUGGUUAAAAACUAUUUAAAUCUUGACAGUAAGCCAGUUUCAAUUUUAAUAGGUUCGGCCUUUAGUUUUUGCUCAACUAAUAAGCCUAAAGGCGUAGAGGGCGCUGUAUAAUUUCAAGAUGGCGGCUGCCUAUAGAGCCAGGUUGGCUAAAUUUGAGGAUGUUCUCAAGCAGGACAAAAUCAAUCUGGAUGAAUUUCAGAAAGAGUGUUUUAAUGGUAUCCCAGAUAAUGCUGGUAUAAGGUCCAUCUGUUGGAAGAUUUUAUUAAACUAUUUACCACCAAAUAAAACACUGUGGAAAGAGCUGUUGAGUGAACGAAGGUCAGCAUACAAGCAGUUUCUACAAGAGAUGAUCAUUGAACCAGGAGGCAGUAUGGACAGUGCCUGUUCUGACCAUCCAUUAAAUCCAAAUCCACAGAGCCAAUGGUCCCAGUACUUUAAAGACAAUGAAGUCCUACUGCAGAUAGAUAAAGACACAAGGCGUUUAUUACCUGAUUUAGGAUUCUUCCAAAGACCAACAAAAUACCCCUUUAACGAAGCAGUUAAUUCUUUAUCUGAAAACGUUACCCUUCGAAAGAGAGUGGAACAGUCAAUUAUCAAAGCAGAGGAUGUAGCUAAAAAUAGAUUAGGAAUAACAAAUGUUAAGAAGAAGACUAAGUUACCAACAUAUGAGUUUGGUUACAAUGCACUAGAAGAUGGCCAAGAGGCGCACUGGGAAGUUGUUGAAAGAAUACUCUUUAUAUAUGCAAAACUGAACCCUGGCCAAGGCUAUGUCCAGGGAAUGAACGAGAUCAUAGGACCUAUCUACUACAUAUUUGCCACUGAUCCAGAUGUAGAGUGGGAAGAGCAUGCAGAAGCCGAUACUUUCUUUUGCUUCACAAAUCUUAUGUCAGAGAUCCGGGACACGUUCAUCAAGACAUUAGAUCACACAAGUGUCGGCAUCAACGCCAAGAUGAAGGUAGUCAUGAUGCAACUGAAGAAAUUUGAUCUCGAGUUGUGGCUUCGACUCAACAGCCAGAACUUGCAAGCCGAAUUCUUCCUCUUUAGGUGGCUCACUUUACUACUGUCGCAAGAGUUUCCCUUACCUGAUUUGAUCCGAAUUUGGGAUUCCUUAUUUGCGGACAGCUCAAGGUUUCAUUUCCUCGAAAGUGUUUGUUGUGCAAUGAUAAUCAUUAUUAGGAAUGAACUAUUAGAAGGGGAUUUUUCAACAAAUAUGAAACUUCUGCAGAAUUAUCCUAGCAUUGAUGUCAACAAAAUACUCUCAAAAGCAUUUUCCCUCUGAGAAUAUAAUAAAAAGUAGGAUGUUAAUUGAAAGAGUGAGAUCAGCACAGAUGUCUGUUCUUCCAGCAACAAUGAAAAAAGUUGGGUGUAUUAUCUUAUCGUUUUUUCCAGUUUUAAUGAACAUGAUUUUAAGCUGAAAUAGUUUCAUCUGGUUUCUGGAUGUAUGAACAUGGAAAAAAAAUUCUUGUAAGUAAACCAAUAAUAUACGUGCUGUUUGUAAUGUUUCGAUUCGUUAGCAUUGAAUCCUCUUCAGACUGGUUUGCUAGUUGCUGAUGCUUACCGAUGUUGUGGGCCGCCCUCUACCAGUAGUUUUAGGACUGAUAAGCUGGUUGUAAAUAUUAGGAAGUUUGUAUGUGCUGUCUUUUCUGUUAAUGUUGUUUCAUGUUUUCGUAUCCAGAAACCCUCUCGACUAACCAUAUUCCUGACAGUGGCGGCUCUAGGAUAUAUUUUCUUGGGGGGGGGGGGGUGCUGAGUGAGAUAAGGAUAACUUUGGCGCACUUCGCUAUCUGAGGGCCUUCUGACCGAGCCAGGGAGGAGGGUGUCCCCCUCCCUAAUGAAAUUUUUUUUAGUAGGGAUCUCUGGACAGCCAGAAAUGACACUCUCAGACUUAAAAAAUUUAAAUGUAAAGUUGAUAAAAUGCAAUUCUUAUUAUACUCUCAAACUCAACGCAAUAAACACACAUUUCAUUUCAUUAGGUUUUUCCCUUUGGUCUGAAUGCCCGACUAACUCUGGCUGGUGGGUUGGGGGCUUAAAAAAAGACAAAUUUGAGAGGCUAUUUGAAUACAAAAACACGGAAAAAACAUGAACAGAGAAGACAGUGCACACAAACUUUCUAAUAUUUACAACCACCUUAUAAAAAACUAGCAAACCAGUCAUUGUUCUGAUGAAGAUCCGCUGCUAACGGAUCGAAAUGUUACAAACAGUAGGUAUAUUAUUGGUUUACUUACAAGAAUUUUUCCAAUAUUUUUAGUCUGUUUGAUUUUUAACCAAGUAGUUGCAAAUAUUCUUGCUAAACGUAUUGCCAAACUUGUCAUACACUAAUCCAAAUGUAAGAGCACUAGUAUUCAACCCAAAUGCUCCGAUUAUGAAAACAGGUUGGAGACAUUCAACUUGCUCGGCACAUGUCGGAUAACCAUAGACGUUGACAAGGAUCAGGGAGGCCAUGAAUUAAGCUAACAAAACAAAUAAUUUUCUAAUAUACUCUUGGAACCAGAUAUGAAAUUCUUUGAGAAUGACUUAAAUGUAUGCUUGAGGCCUACUUACGCAGACAGCAACACCAGCGUGCGACAACAACAGAAGGAAAUAGAACCUGUUGUAUGACUUAUGUAAUUGUACAAGUUGCACAUGUGACAACAUUUUGUUUAUGGUGUAAAGGGAUUUCAAUGCCUGAUAAUGUUUUGUCAACAGUCCAUGCCGUUGUCACACUCUGUGUAAACAGGCCUUUAUUAUGUUACAUUUUUAAACAUAAGCUCUUAAGUUCUGUCUAUUUCAAAAGUUAGUGCUUUAUGGCUGAAAAUAAUCAAGCUAUAAAAAAUCAGGAAAUACGCUUUUUAAGAAAAAAUAUGUUUGUUUUAAAUAUUGAUGAAAUCUGUAUUUAAUGAGCAGUGAUUUGAGUGCAAAUAACAGUAUUCCAAGACCCUGUACUGCAAAAACAUGUCAUUGGCUUGGGUUCAAGUUGGACAGUUAUUACUGUAAGUGUCAGGAUUUUUAUCAGGGAUCAAUUAAUUACGAUAGUCAAAAUAGCAGUCAAUGGGUGUAGAUAGUGUGCUCAAAUUUUAUAAGUACAUUUUAAGGAGCCAGCAUCCAAUUGUAUAACAUGGCUACUGUUUAUGAUUUAUUAUUAAUAAUAUUUUUUUAUCAUUAUUUUUAUUAUCAUUACUACAGUUUUUUGGGAAGUCUUUCAACAUGAUAAAGCAGCAAAAUACCUUAUACAUACAACAACUCCCUUUUUGUUGUGUAACUUUUUUGUUUAAACAAGAUAUGACUAAAUUUGUCAAGUUGUAGUACAGUGAUGUAUACUACCUGAAUGUUUAAGAAUGAUAGUGAAGUUGUUCAAAAUAAUAAUUAUAACUUCCAUAAAAAUAAUAACUAUAUGAAUCUAUUAAUAGAUAUUCUACUUCUACUUCUGUUUUUAUAGAUUCCACCUAUAAAAUGCUAUCCUUUAAAAAAUAUAUAUUCUGUUAAAUUCAUAUGUUUUAUCUCUGAACUAUUGGGUGUCAUUAUAAAUAGGUAUCUGAUAUAUAGCAGAUAUUCUAUUUAUUAAUAGUUGAAUUUUUAAUAUAAGUUUCUAAUCUUUAAAUAGAUCCAGUCUAUAAAAUGAUAUCUUUUCCAAGCUAAAUAUAUAUACCGUAGAACCUCGAAUUGAAUCCCAAUGGGCUUGAUCUCGAGAAGAAGCCCAUCUUGAAAUGAAGCCCACCUCUUCAGUUUUCAAAUGUCCAGGGCUUCAAUUCAAGGUUUUACAGGUAUUCAAUUUAUAGAUAACUAUGAAGCUAAAUAUAGAUACUCAUCUAUAAAUAUUAUAUUUCUCAUCUAUAAAAUGAUACCGAUACCCUAUCCAAUCAAUCAGUACUUACUAUGUUUAAAAAUACAUACACAUUAUAAAAUAAUUAUAAUAGCUAUAAAUACUGUAAGCUACCAAAUUUAUAUUAAAAUAGAUCCAUAUAUAGAUAACCAGUUUGUCUGAUUAUAAAAAUAUAGUAGAUUCUUGCUGAUGAAGGCCACAAAAAUGGCAUAAACAUUUCUUCAUAUAAUGUAAAUAAAUGUGUUUCAUUGUUCAUCCGUAUGUGCUGUGCUGGCUCCAGAAAUUUGCUGGUGGGAGGAGCUCCUAACCAAAUGGCCAACUAGAGCCUCGCUCAGGGCCCCUGAAUAAAAAUUCUGGGUAGAAUUCAUGAGGAGUUUGGUGCCACACUGACAAUGUGGAAUAAGCAUUAGGAAACUAAUACACAUUGAUAGAUAGAUAGAUACAUACAUAGAUAAAUGUUAUAUAUGAUAUUCAACCUACUGUAUAAAUAAUACCCAUUCUAGUACAUUAUUUGAUAUCCAUUCGAAAUAUCAAUCUAUAAAAUGUUCUAUGAAUUGGAUAUUAAAUCUGUAAAUUGAUAUCAAUCUAUAAAAAUAUAAGUUGUUACCAAGUUAUCCAGUCCACUAAUGAUUGAUAUCACUAAUGUUAUGCUGACCUGUAAACCCAUGUCUAUUUUAGUAGUACAGUAAUGUGUAAAUAAAAGAUUUAUAAAUAAAUAUAUCUUUGAUUAUUAAAGUUGACAUGUUUAAGUUGAUGGGUUUAUUUCCGGACACUCAGAGUCUGUAUGAUGUUAUAUCGUUUGCAUUGCAUAAUAUGUCUGUAAAGCUUGGUUUCCUUAAAAUCGCUACACUGUCGCUAUGUUGUUUUUAGUGCAAUCGUUGUGCUGUGUAGCAGUCCCCGACGCAAUCAGGAAUGGUCACCGAUUCGACCGACCAAUCAGCAUCAACGAAAGAUGUCGGCGUUAGCGUGUAGCGAUUGUAUGGAAACCAUGCUUUAAUCAUUCUUGCAACAUUUGCAUUGGGUUUGUCUGUCAUGCAGUUAAUUUCGUUUCUUUUCUUAAUACUUAUCACUAUUUUUUUUUUAGUUUACUAGCAAUAAUGGAUAAUGGUGCUACAUAAUGAGCUAUAACUGAUUUACAACCACGUUUGUAAAACCAUGGAGUUUUCGCUCCAUAAUAGCAGCAAUGGGUUAUACUACAGUGUUCAGAUCCCAGGCUAUGCUAAUGGCAACUGAUCCCCUUGAAUCAGUUGCCAUUAGCCUAGCCUUGGUUCCAAGCCGAAAUUUGGAAUACUCGGUGAAUGCUAUACCAUAAUAUGAUGUGUGUCAUACACAAGUUUAAUUCCAUCCCAUCUCUUUUAUGGCCCUCAAAUCCAAUCACUCGUUUAUGGAGAAACCUGUGGCAAGUUGACCAGAGCCCUGAGUAGUCGUUUUAGGUACAGUAGAAUAAUCAGAGUCGUACAUAAUUCUCUGAACAUAGUUUUAGUUGAUUUAUUUGAUACUAUUUGUAUAUUAUUAUAUAAUACAGUAUUACAUUCAGUUAUUCGAUUAUUAUAAUUCUUAUGUGAAAUUUGCUAAUUGUUCAGUACUAAAGUAAACUCAGUUUCCCUUCUCAAAAAUCAUAAAUAUUAGAUUUAAUGUUGUUUUUCAAAUACUUUAACAAGAGCAUGUGUGGUCUUGUCAUAUCGUGAGCAACUUGUGCAUGUGUUUUAAGAGUAGACCUAUAAUAUCUUAAACCAGAGAACAAACUUCACUGCCAAACUACGCCUACGUGUAUGUGGGCUGUUUAUCUGAUAGUUCGCAGUUCACUAGUUUAAAAAUUUCUUAAAUCUUUAAACACCUUGCUCUUAAAUUGUAUAUCCAACUAAAUAUGUAUAGGAUUACAUUUUUGCAAAAACAGAGGUUGAUCUAGGGGGUAACGGGAACUAGCGAUCUAGCGUCACCAUGUAAAUUAGGAGAGGUAGACUACAUUAUCAGGCAAAUGUUUUAAAGUAAUUACAGAUACGUUAUUUUUAUAUCGUAAAUUUCAAUGAUUGUUUUACAUGCGAAAAGAUUGAAAAGAUUAUACAUUAUGAAUAAAGGAAUUGGUACGAAAUA